AUGCGAUACCUAUCCCAGAUUUUUCAAACAGUGCAUACAAUACCAAAGGACGCUAUUAUUAAAAACACCGAAAUAACAUGUAAAAGCCAGAAGCUGCUACUAGAAUGUGGCCUAGUCAGACCGACAGGUUCUGGUCUAUUCACUAUACUGCCUCUGGCUCGGAGAGUCCUCAAUAAGCAGGAGGCUCUCGUGAUCCGCUGUAUAGAGGAAGCCGGUGCUCAGAGAAUGUCACUGCCUUCGCUGACAGUGGCAAGGUUGUAG